AAAGAAACUAGUGCCAGGUUUUCCUGUUAUUUUGAUUGUUUUUGUAGAAUAUGAUUCUUUUUAGUUAUGUUUUUUUGAAAAUUCAUUCAAUGUCCCCAACAUUGCCGUCAUGCAUAUACGCACAUUGAGUGUUUUUUCAAAGCAUGAAAAUAUUCCUUGACAUUUUUAAAGGAGUGGAAUUUGUUUGAAGGAGUGAAAUAUAUGAAAUUGGUGAAGGGGGACCAUAAUCAGGAUUGACUCUACAGUCUUAAAACAAAAACCUAGCAUUCUAAUACAAAUACAAGUGUGAUAACCAGCAACGGGCUGUGGGCCCAGCUAGACGGAUCCUAGUCAGUUUAUAAGUCCCCAACGAAUAUCAUUGGCCCUCUUAAAGCUAUGCACCCCCUUGCUCAUUACCGCCUCUUCCAGUAAGCUAUUCCAAGUGCCCACGACCCUACUAAAUAAGUUAUUUUUCAUAAUUUCCAGGUUAGCCUGAGAUUUGAAAAGCUUAAAACAAUGACCCCUCUUCCUGCUUUUUGUACAAAAAAUUUAACUCAUUAACAUCUUUCAUUUUAGUAAAUUUAAACAAUUGAAUGAUGUCCUCUUCGACUCUCCUUAUGCAACUAAGAAUGAAAUGGAAGACAUCAAGGAAAGAAGUGCAGAUUUUAUUACCGCUGAGCCAUUAUACUGUGAAACUUGUGGCCAGUGUUUUUCAGUACCUCUACGAAUUGAAAACACACCAACAAAUCCAUUCUGGAGAAAGUGCUUUAACUUGUGAAAUUUGUGGGGAGUGUUUUAAGAGGAAAUACAGUUUAACAAAACAUUUGAAAAUACAUUCAGGUCUUCCAGCUGAAAGGAAAAGUGAACAUUGUUAUGAAACAAGAAGUUAUCGUGUUCUACCGGAAUGGUUUAUAAAAGAAGAUAGUUUGGGUCAUUUAAUUUCAAGUUGGUGCAAAAAGGUUGAUGAAGAUGAAGUUGAGUGCUUUAUUUGUCAUAAAAUUAUUUGCUGUACAAAAAAAGGAUUUGCUGCUUUAACGCAACAUGUCUCUACAAUUGUGCAUCAAAAAAAUGCAAGCUUAAGAUUGUGUGCUAAUAAAUGCUGA